CGAAGGCCCAAAAGCAAAAAUCGCAGCUGUUUAACGGCAACGACAAAUGCAGAAUAUAUUUUGCAAACACUUUGCCGCCGAUCCGAGUCGAGUAAAGACGGGCGAGUGUCGAACGCAGCGCCCCGUAGUUACGCAUUUGUGUUUUUUAUUCAAUUUAAAUAUCGAGGAAAUACGCAAGCAUAAAUAAGUUUGAACAAGUGGUUCGGUUAAGUGCAAAUAUUAGUAGUAUGUCCGUGCAGCAGCAACAACAACAAAUACAACUGCAGCAACAGCAACAGCAGCAGCAGCAGCAGCGAGAUGGGCUCUCCACGUUUAAAAAUCAUGUGACAAACAUUGAAAGCCAGAAGAGUCGCGCGCAGCGGUGGCAGCCACAUUUGGACAAAUUGUGUGUAUUCUUUGGCGAACUAAUUGCCACAGCCCUGCUCAUGUUCCUCGGCUGCAUGGGAUGUGUGUCGACGAGCGCUUUUUCGAAUAGCCACUUGCAAAGCGCUCUUAACUUUGGCUUCGUCGUGCUGAUUUGCAUUCAGUGCUUUGGCUGUGUAUCGGGCGCUCAUCUUAAUCCCGCCGUCACUCUGGCCGCCUAUGUCUACAGACAGCUCUCACUGACCAUGGUUGUUGUGUACUUUGUAGCCCAAAUGCUUGGCUCAUUCAUCGGCUAUGGACUGCUGAAGGCAGUGCUGCCCGGUAGCGCCAUUAAUGGACCAGAAACACCGAAAGGAGUUUGUGUAACGGCCAUACACAGCGACCUUAAUCCGCUGCAGGGACUGUUCAUUGAGUUUCUCAUCACAGUUGCUCUGAUAACCAUUUGCUGCGCUGUCUGGGACCCACGCAAUGCCAAAUUUCAGGACUCGGUGGCGGUACGAUUUGGCUUAGCCAUUGCCUGUCUGUCAGUGGCUGCGGGCCAGUUCACGGGUGCCAGUAUGAAUCCAGCACGAUCCUUUGGGCCGGCCCUAUGGAAUGGUUUCUGGGAAAACCAUUGGGUAUAUUGGGUGGGACCAUUGGCAGGCGCACUAAUUGCAUCGCUCAUCUACAAGUACGCCUUUAGGCGCGAAGUGCAGGCGGACAGAGCCAAAGCAGAUGUCGUUCCGGAGCUGCCAUAACUAUUAAAAAACACAAUUUGGUUGUUCUUAAUAUAAAACGUUUAAGUUUUAAGGUGUCACUGCGUUUAAUACUAUGAUAUAAUUAAUUUAAUUUGAGCUACCAAGCAAAAAACUGUGCUUUAAAUACUUCAAUAUUUUAAGGGCAUUUAGUUAAAAUAAACAUUCUCGUAUCAAUCAUU